AAACUGCUCGUCCUGCAGAUGACGCCACUGCUCGGAUUGCACCCGUUAUUGUUGUAUGUUUAAAUUUCUUUGAAUAGCAACGUCGGAACGUCAACUUCUUCAACACAAUCAACCGCGUGAAUAAGUAGUUUUUUAUAUCAGUGCUUCGCAAGUGUUUGCAGCCGAAAGUAUAAGUGCAACAUGUCGUUCGACAUUGCCGUCAAAUGUAUUGAUAGACCGAUUGAACCAGCUUUAACUAAUUUUAAAAUGGGCAAAGAGGACGGUGUUGUACGUGAAUUGUACGAUACUUUGGAGAAACUACACUACCCAGAAGUAGCACAAAUACCUUAUGAAAAGUUUGAAACUACUAUUCUGACUGGAACUAAAAGGAUUGAUUUGCUUCAUUGGCUGUUACUAGAAAGUCCAGGGUUCAAUGCUGCAUCAUUAAAUAAAUUCAAGGAUAACUUGACUAUCGAUGAAAAACUUGUUAGGUGUUAUUCUCAUAUUGGGCUGAGCAGCGAUGAAAAUAUUUUGCUUGGAAAAUGCCCAAUUGACAAACAAUUGAAAUUUUUAUCUCUAUUAAUAAUAUUCAUUAAAUCUAUUCAUUUGUCUGGAGGUGCGUCACAAAAAACGGAUAAAGAUGCUAAAAAUGACUCGUUGAAAUCAGACAUUAGUAACUCCGAUUUAAAUAUAAAAAGUAGCAUUGAUAAUGAGAAUAAGACUGAAACUAUUUCCAACUGUAAGGCAGAAUCUUUUGAUAUCUCACAGUGCCUAUCAAAUGAAAAACUUACUGAUAAAAUUAGUACAGAAGGAUUAAAGUGGAAUGUUAAGGAAAGCAUAGAAAACUUGAAGAAAAUGAAGACUGAGCAUUUUGAUUCAAUCAUGCAAAAAUUCAAUUCCUCUUUUGAAGAAGUUAUUGCUCUGCCAACUGAUGAUUCACAUCAAGAUAUUUUUGAAUCCUGCAAUAAUAUAUCUACUGGCUUACAACAAAUACAUUCAGCAUUUACUUCUGUAGAUAAGACUUUGGCUAGUGAGGCUAAAAUCAAGAAUCAACCGAUACCAGAAAUGUUUACAUCAAAAAUCAAACCUUUAACUCAAGCAAUCAAAGCUAAUCUUGUUUUAAUAGAACAAGUACAUAAUAUGUAUAAUGAAACUGAAAUAGAUAGUUAACAAAAGUAUUAAUCAAAUUUAAAGAAAAAUUGUAAAUAUAAAUUAUUUUUGCUCAAACUUUUGUACACAUUUUUUACUUGAGAAAAGAAAUAAAAGGAUACAGGUUCAAUUAACCAA